CAGGGUGGCCCCGCCCCGACUCGAAUAAAAUAGGGAGUGGGGUGUCUCGCUUUCUUUACCAUCUCUGGAUAUUUUCCGUCUGCACACUUCCAUCUUCUCUACGUCAGCAAGUCUCUGCUGCAAGUGAAAGGACGUGUGCGUGAAUGCAGGAGUGAAAUAUCAAUGGCCAGCUUGAAACUUAUUAAUACACUUGUGAUGAAGGAACUACCGAGAACGAAGGAGCAAAUAUGAAUUAAAACGUCAAAUAUCAAACGAAUGGGCUGCUAAGGAACUCCAGUGGUGACUGAGUUUGUAUCUGAGACCCCAGGCCAUCCACAAGACUUGUUGAGCGGGUCAGGAUGCCCAUUCCUCCCCCUCCACCCCCUGGAGGCCCCCCUCCACCCCCCACCUUCAGCCAGGCCAACACCACCCCACCUAAGCUCAACCGAGAUGAGGCCAAAGGCAGAGGAGCCCUGCUCGGUGACAUCCACAAAGGGGCUAAGCUGAAGAAGGUCGGCGUGGUACAUGACAGGAGCGCACCCAUCUUAGAAAAGCCUAAAGGAGAUGGUGCUGGUGUUAGUAAUGUAGGCGGAGGAGGAUCGUCAGGGGUCAUUCAGCCGAUGGGAGGUCUUUUCCAGGCAGGUGUGCCUAAAUUGCGACCAGUCGGAGAUGGUUCGGUUGGCAGGUCACCCCUGACGCCUCCUGGCACGCGCCCCGCUGCUCCUCGUCCCCCCGGACCCCCUGUUCGCCAGGACAACACAGACUGCUCAGCCCAACAGGCCUCUCCCCCGGAGCACUCCCGAUCCCAGAGGCCCUCCCUCCCCGACCUCUCCCGCCCCCUCAGCGGCGGCAGCCCUAACAGUGGCAUGAAGCACAGCUCCUCCGCCCCUCCUCCACCUCCCCCUUUCUCUCGCCGGGGCAACGCACCCCCUGCCCCGACUCAGAAAGCGCCACCACCCGCCCCCUCCUACAACCGGGAGAAGCCCCUCCCUCCCACGCCAGUACAGAGGGGGACUUCCCCGGUGCCGGCCCGCAACAGCGCCCCUCCUCCACCCCCUUCUCCCAACAACAACCGCCGGCCCCUGACGUCAGGGGGCUCCUCUGCAUCCUCCUCUUCCUCCUCUCUGGGUCCACCUCCUCCCCCGUACCGCCAGCCCAUGACCAACGGCCCCUCCAGCCCGGUUAACGAAGCCGCCCCGGAGCUACCUCAGAGACACAACUCCCUCAGCAAGAAGCCGUCGCCUGGACCUGGACACACUCCAACCCGUGGGCAAGCGCCGCCACCGCCGCCGCCUUCCCCCUCCCCGCCAGGCGGACGCCCACCCCCUCCAGUCCGUGACCCCCCCGGUAGAGGAGCCGCUCCACCCCCGCCUGGGCCGUCUCAACGAAACGGGGGUCGGGAUGCCCCCCCUCCACCACCCCCCUACAGAGGUAGCCCCUCAGAGCCUCAUAGCCGUGGCAAGCCGCCCCCUCCUCCCUCCCGUACCCCUGCCGCACCCCCGCCCCCUCCCCCACCUAUCCGCAAUGGACACACCUCCAUUUCCCGCUCCUUCGUCGAUGACUUUGAGUCCAAGUAUUCUUUCCACCCUCUGGAUGACUUCCCUGUUCCAGAGGAGUACCGGCACUUCACCAAGAUCUACCCCAGCAAAGCCAACAGAGUGAUGAGGGGAGCUCCUCCUGCACCACCUGUGGGAAGGUGAACACUGAGACUGUCACUUCUAUUGUACAGGAGACAAGGGUUACACACACACACACACACUACUUUCUCACAUGGAACCUACAGCAUAUAACAUAUACAUGCUUCUCAUUUGACAACAUUUCACUUAAGCUUCAUAACCAUUCCCUCACACGCUCGCCCUUGAAAAUCGCCCAGGAAUGUUUUUCUACGGCAGUCUCACUCCAUUUGGAGGUGGAGUUUGGCAGCUUACUUAUGCCAUUCCCAGCCUGUGUCCGCGUGGGUGAACUUGCCCUGUUUUAUCACAAAGGCAUACUUACCCAGUCAUAGUGUUUCCAGGCUCGUGUGUGUGGAUGGGGGAACACUUUGACACCGGUAUGAAAGACUUUAAUCUCCGUACCACACUGGCUCCACGUCAGAGUAUGCACUGUGAGAGCCCACAUCACCAUGAAACGGGAGAACACCAGUCAGUCGUCUACCUGUAAGAAACCAGUGACUCUACAGCCUGGUCCUAACAGCAGUGACUCUACAGCCUGGUCCUAACAGCAGUGACUCUACAGCCUGGUCCUAACAGCAGUGACUCUACAGCCUGGUCCUAACAGCAGUGACUCUACAGCCUGGUCCUAACAGCAGUGACUCUACAGCCUGGUCCUAACAGCAGUGACUCUACAGCCUGGUCCUAACAGCAGUGACUCUACAGCCUGGUCCUAACAGCAGUGACUCUACAGCCUGGUCCUAACAGCAGUGACUCUACAGCCUGGUCCUAACAGCAGUGACUCUACAGCCUGGUCCUAAGUGUCUGAAGGUGAUUGACUUUUGGGGACCAUAGCACCCCUUGCUGAUGGAGGGAACUGCAACUGUUUGAAAGUUCUCUCAGGUAUACGGUUUGUGGAACAGAGAACUGGAGAAGAUAAGAGGUCCUUUCCAAAAGUGCCAACUGAGUCAGAACUGAACUGGGAACAGCUCAUAAUCCCCCAUCCUGUCUCCCUGCUGCAAGGCUGUCAGGGGGUUCUCUUAUGACUGGUUGGAAUGAUGGACUGACAAAAGCAAUAGUUCCAUACGUUCUCGGUGAUGGUUGGCAGUAACCAACACCUGUGACAAUCGUUGGUUUGUGGAAAAAGGUCAUCCCGUUGAGAAUGAUAUUGCACAUGUAUGGGAUCUUGCAGCAAGGAAUCUCUCCCUCCCUUCCUCUCUGCGCAGAAAAAGACUAACCAGACAGAUGCAUGUUGUCUUUUUUUUUGUGUGUGUGUGUGUGUCUCUUGACAAAAUGCAUGAGGGUGAGCUUGUUAGUUGUCCUAAAUGCAAAGCAGAAGGUUAUUAUGCCUUAUAACACUAGUCUGGGUCACUGAAACCAUUUCACAACUAACUCAUACGAACACUACAACCCCACUAGCUUAAAAAUGACAGAGCUUUUCAAAUGCAUUGCAUGCUACAGGAUGCUGAAUCAUUACAUUGACACUAAAAUACUCAACCUGAACCCAGGCAAUGAGUCGGAAGCACUCCAAGAGUUUAUUGUUCAAAAUUGUUGGGGGGGGGGGGGUGAUGUUGAGGGGUAAGUAAAUGGAUGCUUUCAAAUAUAAACCUUAUCCUGCUGAUUUAAUAUGUUGAUACCCACAAUAGCCACUUGGUGGCAGUAUUUUGUUUUCCAUAGGGAGACGUGCUUGUGAUUCAAUUUGUCUUUUUUUUUUUUUUAAACUGGUGUAUUAUGGAUUUGGCCAAUGUUGAGCGAGAGGGCAGUGCAGACCUGUGUCUGUGUACCAAUUUUGAGAUCUUCUGCUGAGGGUUGAAUGGACAAGCUAGUGAUUAACAGCCAUGUUGUUCAUCUCAGUCAUAGUUGUCUACAUUCUGUCUUUGAAAGAAAAGGAUCUACUUGAUUUCCAGAAUAACAUUUAUGUAAUGUAGUCCCUACAUUUUCUUUGCUUAAUGAACUUGACCACAAGCCUGAAAAAAAUGCACAUUGUUACACAAGGGAGUGAACCUUUAAGGCUGGUACUUGUGAUUGGCUCCUAUUGUUUGUGUUGUUGGGUUAGUCUUAUUCCUCAUUGUAAAACGGCCCUGCACCGUGACAGAACCCCCUUAAACUGUCACUCGCUAUUCUCUUUAUUUCAACCCUUUGCUGGUCUUUUGCCUUAUACGCAUUCACUGUAAGUCAAUUCAGGAUUUGUAAAGAAAGCAAAGCUAAUCAUUAAGUGUAUACACCUCAUAUGGGUAAUACGGUAGUCAUGGCUAAUGUUCUACAUUUUAAUAUGUAUAAAGCUUGUAAUAUAGUGAAUAAAACUGGGAUAGAUAACGGCAGGCUUUUGUCAGAAACCAGUGGCGAACUGUUAGUAUUUCCAUGUCUUUCUCUUGCCUUCUGUCGUUAUUUAGAUAUUCCCUCUCUGUGUCAGAGGGCCUGUGGGGCCAUUUAACAGGAGCAGUAUGCACUCACAUUGAGAGAUCCUCCUUGUUCAUGUCUUCUUUUCAUCCCUCCAUUUCAUACUUAGCUUAAUCCAGGCCCUGGUUCCUUCUGUACAUUUCACCCUUCUGAGUCAGACAUGUUGUACCAAUUCAAUUAAAAUGUCACUGAUGGAAACAGGU